AUGCCACCUAAAAAACGAGAUUGUCUUAGUGCAGACAAAAUACAAGAAGCGACCGAAAUUGAGACGGACAAUGAGUGCACGGACAGCAUUCUGUGUUCGAACAACAACAAUAACAACAACGUGCCAGGUAUCAAGAAGGUCGGUGUCAGUAUUGGAAGCAGCGAGAGCCACGAUGGCAUGGAGAUGGACUGCGGUGGUUGUGGGGAAAGUGUUCGCGAACGAACUGUCCUCUGCGUAGGAGGUCGUACCUGGCACUCCAGGUGUCUGAAGUGUUGCGCCUGUGCGAGACCCCUGCACGACCAGCACUCCUGUUUCCUCCGAGGGAUGCGGCUUUACUGCAGGCACGAUUACGCCUUAACCUUCGGCGCGAAGUGUGCGAAAUGCGGUCGAAGCGUUGGCGCCGGGGAUUGGGUGAGAAGGGCCAGGGAAAGGGUUUAUCACUUGGCCUGCUUCGCUUGCGACGCCUGUUCCCGUCAGCUGUCCACGGGAGAGCAAUUCGCCCUACUGGAUGCCAGAUUGCUCUGCAAGGCUCACUACCUAGACGUUGUCGAAGGUAACAAUACCUCGUCCUCGGAAGACUGUGAUUCCGAGCAUGGCGGAAAGGGUAGCAAGACGAAGAGGGUUCGGACGACCUUCACCGAGGAACAGCUCUCCGUUCUGCAAGCGAACUUCCAAUUGGACAGCAAUCCUGAUGGCCAAGAUCUCGAGAGGAUAGCUCACGUGACAGGCCUGAGUAAAAGGGUCACGCAAGUUUGGUUCCAGAACUCGAGGGCGAGGCAAAAGAAGCACAGUAGCAAGAUGAAGACGCAAAUGCACCAUUCACCGCCCAUGCAGCAUCACCCAGGAGAUCUGUACCCUUCUGGAGUGAGCAUGGUGGGUGCCUACUUGGGCGGAUAUCAGGGUGGCAGCGCUGGUAGCGAAAGUCCUGGCAGCCCGAUGACGCCGCUUACCCCGUUAACACCCCUCACCCCAACUACGCCUAACCACCUUCAGGCCCAGUUCUGCCAUCAGACCGGGUAA